GUCUUGAUACUGUAUGGGGGAGUAGCCUUAUUCGUUAUUACUUGGUAGGUUUAUUGAAUAAUUGAUACUGCCCCUUCUCACCGUCUUGAAGUAGAUGUAUGCAGGCUACCCCAUCAACCAAUUUAUCAACUUUACUUUAUUCACCCCUCGAUUCCUACACUCUGUUUUCUUCACUUCCUCAAUCAAACACCACUCCCGCUUGUUACAAUUUCAAUACAACUUCACUAACUUUGUAAGAUUGCAUCUUUUGGUUAGGGAGACUGCAUGUUUUGAAUCAGAAUUUGGACAUCCUUUAAUCCUUUAUCGAAACUACGCAACCCACGCAAUCAACCUCUUUCAAGAUGUCUGUUGUCUCACUCCUCGGUGUUACUGUUCGCAACAAUCCAGCUAAAUUUGGAGAUCCUUAUGAAUUUGAGAUCACCUUCGAGUGUCUCGAGGCAUUACAGAAGGGUGAGUUUCCCCUUCUUUCCCCUCUUCUCUUGGGGCAUCAUCCAUCUACUCUCCAUUCUCCCAAUCACUAACCUACUUGUUACUUUAGAUCUUGAAUGGAAAUUGACCUAUGUUGGUUCUGCCACGUCGUAUGUCUCUAGCUUCCUUCGUUUCUACCUUCUUCGAUUUCAAACUAACGAGUGAAGUGAUGAGCAUGAUCAAGAACUCGAUUCUCUCCUAGUUGGUCCCAUUCCUGUCGGCGUAAACAAAUUCCUCUUCCAGGCAGAUGCGCCCGAUACCAAGCGAAUCCCAGAUGCAGAAAUUCUCGGUGUUACUGUUAUUCUUCUCACUUGCGCCUAUGAUGGUAGAGAGUUUGUUCGAGUUGGCUAUUAUGUCAACAACGAGUAUGAUUCCGAGGAAUUGAACGCGGAUCCACCUGCCAAGCCACUUCUUGAUCGAGUCAAGAGAAAUGUUCUUGCUGAGAAGCCUCGUGUCACUAGAUUUGCCAUCAAGUGGUGAGUCAUCAUAAAUCCUUUAGGCGUUACAGCAUGCUAAUAUUAAAUUACAGGGACUCGGAUGCUUCUGCUCCUGCUGAAUUCCCUCCUGAACAACCUGAGGCAGAUUUAGUAGCCGAUGGAGAAGAAUAUGGUGCUGAAGAAGCUGGAGAGGAAGAAGAUGAAGAUGUUGAUGGAGAUGAAGGUGGAGCAGUUGAUACAGACGCAAUGGAACAAGAUUCAGAGAUGGCUGGUGUGGAAGCUGAGGGCGCUAUUGCCGAGGAAAGUGGUGAUGAAAGUGAAGAUCUCGAGGCGGAAAGCAGUGGCGAAUCUGAUGAGGAAGUUGAGGAAGAGGAGAUUGCCGGAGAUGAUGACAUGGAAAUGGAUGGCGUUGAAAAGUCAGGUGUUGAUAAAUCUGGUGGCGUUGCACAUCAAGUCGAUGAAGUUAUGGCCCACUAAUUCAAUACCCCAUACAAAGUUUUGAUUUUUGAGUUCAUUGAGCGCAUUACGAUAGUUUAUGAUUGGGAGGAAAGCAACAUUAAGACACAUAUAUGAUGGAAUACAAGAUGUCAAUAAUGAUACUCUAAAUAGGAAUAUCACACAGGCUUUCAAAUGCUUUUAGUAUAGCAUAACAACUAUGAACAUUUACAUCUGUCCUUA